CCCGGCCCCGGCCCCGCACCCAGGCCGCCGCCGGGCACCGCCGCGGGGUCGGGCGCAGGCUCUGCCCCGGCAGCCCCAUGGAGCGGCCCCGCCGCCCGCGCUGAAGGCAUCCCCGACCCGCCCGCAGGCGGAGGGAAGAGGUCUGUGGAGUUGAUCUGCUGGGAGUAGGGAUCUACCUGGAACACAAUGCCCUACCCCGCUCCUGGCCUUGGGAAGUUGUGAGCUGCUCAUGUCCAUAAGGAGGAAGGAUGGCUCAUGGAAUUCCUUCACAGGGGAAAGUUACCAUAACGGUGGAUGAAUACAGCUCUAACCCAACGCAGGCGUUCACACACUACAACAUCAACCAGAGCAGGUUCCAGCCGCCGCAUGUGCAUAUGGUCGACCCUAUCCCAUAUGACACUCCAAAACCAGCGGGCCACACGCGAUUUGUCUGCGUCUCAGACACACACUCCAGAACAGAUGGCAUCCAGAUGCCUUAUGGGGACAUCCUUCUCCACACGGGCGAUUUCACCGAGCUGGGACUGCCCUCAGAGGUUAAGAAGUUUAAUGACUGGUUAGGAAACCUACCAUAUGAAUAUAAAAUAGUGAUUGCUGGGAAUCAUGAACUGACAUUUGAUAAGGAAUUCAUGGCAGACCUUGUUAAACAAGAUUACUACCGCUUUCCCUCUGUGUCCAAAUUGAAACCAGAGGACUUUGACAAUGUUCAGUCACUCCUGACAAAUAGUAUUUACUUACAAGAUUCAGAAGUAACAGUUAAAGGAUUCCGAAUAUAUGGUGCCCCGUGGACACCAUGGUUUAAUGGAUGGGGCUUUAACCUACCCAGAGGUCAGUCUUUGCUAGACAAGUGGAACCUUAUUCCCGAGGGAAUUGAUCUACUAAUGACACAUGGACCUCCCCUUGGUUUUCGAGACUGGGUUCCAAAGGAGCUGCAGAGAGUGGGUUGUGUGGAGCUGCUGAACACGGUGCAGAGGAGAGUGAGGCCCAAACUCCAUGUCUUUGGUGGGAUUCAUGAAGGUUAUGGCAUUAUGACAGACGGUUACACAACGUACAUCAAUGCUUCAACGUGUACAGUCAGCUUUCAACCAACCAACCCCCCAAUUAUAUUUGACCUUCCAACCCCUCAAGGAUCAUGAAGCACUACUGCACAUUUGGAACUGGGAAGGUCUAUAAACUGCCAUUUUCUAAUUAUAAAACUUACAUUCUGUUACAUGCUUAUUUCAAAAUUGGGGGAGGAGA